CUGGGAACCUCCACAUGCUGCGGGUGGGGCCCUAAGAAGAUAAAAAAUUAAAAAGAAACCAGAGGCCUUCGUGGAUCUGUGGGCGAGGGUGGAGGCCUGGUCAUCUGCCAGGGACGCUGGCAGUGCUCAGAGGUGCUGAGUCAUCAGAGGGCUGUGGCUGCAGGGACCACGAGGGGCCUGAGAGGAUGCUGAGGCCCCUCCCGUUACUCUGGGAAAAGUGGUACCUUGCGCUGACCCCAGUUUCAACCCCAGCUCUUGAUCCCCAGCCCCAGGUGGGGUCCCGCAGGGAGCUCCAACUCGAUGAGGCCAGAACACGCUCUUCCGCAGGUGCCCCCGUCCCUGCCCCUGGGGCCACAGCCCUGCUAGUCACCCUUCGUUCUUUCGCAUCCACAUCCGGGCCUUCAGCAAACCCUGGCGGCUCCAAAGGAUUUCCUGAACCUGCGUUUGCUCUCCUGUCCUGGCCCCUCCCUAGGCCUGUCCACCGUUAUCUCCCAUUGGGAGAGUCGCGGCAGCCGCAUCCCCGUCUCCUUGCUCUCUGUCCCCCACACAAACCAGACGGACCCUGUGGCACCUGCAUCAGGUCUCAGGUCCCCAACUCAGCCCUCUGGUGGCUCCAUCUCACUUGGGAAGGGACAAGUUAUCACCGUGGUCUGGAGCCUCACGUGACCUGCCCCCCACCUUCGUCUUUAACCAGCCUUUUCUCUGUCCUGCCCUGGCCCCCCCCAACCUGCCUCGCUGCUGGGACCCUCACACUCCUUCCCCAUCAGGCCUCCGCUCCCCGGUCCCCUCGCCGGCUGCUCUUCCCCGUGAUCCUGUGAUUGUCUCUGUUUAUCACUCAGGCCCCCAUGUUCCCCCACCGACCACCCGGCCAAAGUAGGAACCCCCAGCACGCAGGAUCUACCCCCACGCACCACAGCUAUUUUCCCUCCUCACAUAACACGUGUUUGAGUUUGUCUGUCUCCCCUUCUCAGACCCCUGCUCCAUGAGGCCAGGGAAGUUUGCCUGUAGCCUCUUUCGUUGCCAGAACCCCGGUUUAGAAGAGGACUGGGCAUAUAGUAGGUGCUCAAUAAAAGUUUCUUGGGAGUUCCCUGGUGGCUCAGCAGGUUACAGGGGCGUUGCCACUGCUGCAGCUCAGGUCACUGCUGUGGUACAGGUUUGAUCCCUGGCCCAGGAACUUCCACGUACCAUGGGUACAGCUGCCCCCAAAUUUACCAUAAUUUUCCCAGGCCCGGCACUGCCUGGGCGAAUAUGUACGUGCAUUAAUUCGCUUAAUGCUCACCGUCAAGCCGUGGAGUAGGUUGUCACAGCCCUAAUUUCACAAUGAGGAACCCACCUUAGAUGAAGCAGUGGCCGGGGCCGCACAGCUGGUGGUAGUGGAGCUGGAGCCCAGGUGCAGCUCGGAGGCGGCAGAAUUAGGUCCCAGUUUCAAGAGGAGUAAACUAGGGCCGAGCAAGGGAAGGAGUUGCCUGAGGUUGGUCUGUAAGUGGCUACCCCUGGAUUCAAACCCAGGGCCGCCUCCUAGUGGGGCCUUAAGCACAUCAGACCCUGUUUCUUUUUGGAGAUUAGAUCCCACCCUCCGUGCUGAGCUCAGGGGCCCGAAGCUGGAGGGGAGGGUGCGAGGCACGGGGCCCCAUGAAUAAUUGAGGGUCUCCGCGCUGCAGCUGUUGCCCCGCCGCGGGCGGGGAGGGGGCGGCGGUGACGUCACUUCCUCCCCUGGGCCCACCGGGGGCGCGGGUUAUAAGGAGCUGCUGCUCCCUGCCCGCACAGCGCCUGGGACCGUGGUGUGGAGGCCACACCAUGCCGCGCCGCGGGGCCGCCUCCGUGCUGCUGUUGCUGCUGCUGCUGCUGGGGGCAGCCACGGCAGCCCCCCUGUCCCCGAGACCCUCCAAGGAGGAGCUGACCCGCUGUGUGGCAGAGGUGGUCACAGAAGUGCUGAUGCUGGGCCAAGCCAGGCAAGGCCCCUGCGUGGCCCUCCUCCGCAAAGAAAUGUGUGAGACCGAGCCCUACGGCUGUGGGGCCACUGAAGAGACAGGCCUCCUGGUUGGGGAUUUGAAAAAGCAAGAGCCUGGGAGGACAAGGUCCAGCCAGGAGGCGAGGGACAAGGAAGAGGAAGAAGCCACAGAAAGGACCCACACAUCUGAGGUGCGGGAGCAGGCCAUCCGCGAGCAGCUCCACAGCCGGCUCCGCCAGGAGGACCACGAGGAGGAGGAGGGGAAGAGGGGGCCCUUGGAGACCUUUGAGGGCCUGUGGAAGCAGCGUCCAGAGGGUGGGGAGGGGCCCCAGAAGCGGGUGGCAGAGCAAGCUUGUGAUGAGGAGACGGCCCAGUUUGAGGCAGAGGAGAAGGGGGUGCAGGUGCUGGGCGGAGGCCGCAGCCUGUGGCAGGAGCCCCAGGCGGGUGGAGGAGAGAGGCACGAGGACCACCAUCGCCUCCGCCAGCUGGAAGGUGAGCGCCAGCAGGAGAAGGAAGACGCCUCGAACAGGGAGGAGCAUGAUGCGGCGCGACUGGGGCGCAUGAGAGAGGAGCUGAAGAAGGUGACGGAGAUGCUGGGGGAGGAGCUCAGGAGGGAGGGCUGACCCCUGACCUCCUGUUCCCCUUCGUCCCGACACCCUCUGGCUCAGGACUUCGGACCCCCAAAGCUGCCCCCCCAACCUGUCGGCCCACUCCGCUCCCCAGCCCACAGCAGUGGGGAGAAGGAUAUGCCUUGGAACCAGGCCUGGGGGCCCCAGCGCCAGCUGAGUAGAGGGGCUGGGCUCCGACCGCCUCAGGAAACAGCCCUGACACCCGCUGAACCCACUGCAACCCCAACCCUCCCGCACGAAUAAAGCACAAAGAAAAUCCCCC